AAAAAGUGUAUUUACUGCGGUAUGAAACAUUGUUUUGAUAAGGGACACUAUUCGUUUAACUUAGUUACAAGUUAUUUUUGAAGAGCGUAAUUACGGUAAUAGAUUAUGAACUAAAGAUUUCAAGAUGCCCACAAUACUUCGAUGUAAAUGUCUGAUAGUUGGGGAUUCAACUGUUGGGAAAAGUUCAAUAACUCAAGUUUUCCAUAGCGAUUCUUCACACUUUCCUAAAAAUUACACAAUGACACAAGGAGUGGAGCUUCUAGUAAAACCAGUGAAUAUCCCAGAGUCAUCCGACAGUGUGGAGUUCUAUUUAUAUGACUGUGCUGGGAGAGAUACAUUUAUAGAUAUUGUACAGAAAUUUUGGGAUCAUCCCUCUGUAGUCAUGGUGGUCUAUGACUGUACUAAUGAAAAUUCCUUCUCAAAUUGUACAAAAUGGCUUGAAAAAAUAAGAUCUCAAAAUUCUCAUUUGAAGAUACCAGGUGCAUUGGUUGCCAACAAAAUAGACUUAGAACAAAGAAGAAUGAUUAGCCCCAAGCAGGGGAGAGAGCUAGCACAGUCACACAAACUUGAAUACUUUGAAUGUUCUGCUAAAGAAAUGCAACAUGUUGAUGUACCAUUUUUUUUCUUGGCUAAUGAAUUUCAUAAACUUUACCAAGAAAGAGUAGAAUUGUUCUCUACUCUUGCCUGAAUGUACAGUCCUUUUUUAAUUGCUGCU